CGAAACAAUCGGCAUAUCCAAAUAUAUACCCAUCGCCUUAUCUACGUAUAUCAUCAUCUCAUAUCAUCAAUGGCUAAACUAUCAAACAAAUGGCUUACGAUUUCAAUUCUCAUUCUUCUUUGGUGUAAUAAUAUUGUCAUGGCUCGGCCAGAAGACCGAGUGGAUGAUGGUGGUGUCACAUUACGGAAUAGACCGAGGGAUGGUUAUCUACAAGUAGCUGAUGGUGGCGUCGAGGGUCGUUCAUCGUUUAAGGUGGCUCUAUUUGCGGAUUUGCAUUUUGGAGAGAACGGGUGGACGGAUUGGGGACCUAAACAGGAUAUAAACUCUGUUAAAGUCAUGUCUAAGGUUCUUGAUGUAGAGAAGCCAGAUUUUGUAGUAUAUCUUGGAGAUGUGAUCACUGCAAACAAUUUGCCAAUUCAUAAUGCUAGCUUCUAUUGGGAUCAAGCACUAUCUCCAACACGAGCCAGGAACAUACCAUGGGCCAGCUUGUUUGGUAACCAUGAUGAUGCACCAUUCAAGUGGCCUAUCGACUGGUUUUCAUCUUCAGGGAUACCUCAAAUCCUUUGCCCUUUUCCUGGGGGAAACAAAUGUAGCUUUAAAGGGACGACACGUUUGGAAUUGAUGAAAAAUGAAAUAAGGCACAAUACAAUGUCGUACACGGGAUCUGGUCCUCAAAAUCUGUGGCCAAGCGUAUCGAAUUACGUUCGUACGCUUGUAUCACCAGAAGGUGAUCACAAAUCUCCUGUACUGUUCAUGUACUUCUUGGAUUCUGGUGGCGGGUCAUACCCAGAGGUUAUAUCAACUAGUCAGUCUGAAUGGUUUCGGAAAAAAUCUCAAGAGGUGAACCCUGAUUUAAGUGUCCCAGAGAUACUUUUCUGGCACAUACCGAGUAAAGCCUACAAGAAGGUGUCUAAGAAAUUUGCAAAUACUGAAAAUCGGUGUGUGGGUUCAAUGUUCAAAGAAAGCGUUGCAGCCCAAGAAGCCGAAAUGGGGAUGAUGAAGCUACUUAGGAAAAGGCCUUCAGUUAAAGCAGUAUUUGUUGGUCACAACCAUGGACUUGACUGGUGCUGCCCAUACGAAAAGAUGUGGUUGUGCUAUGCUAGACAUACAGGCUACGGCGGCUAUGGAAAUUGGGCUCGAGGGGCUAGAAUAUUGGAAAUUACUGACAAGCCCUUUGCGCUCAAGUCCUGGAUUAGAAUGGAAAAUGGCACAUUGCAUAGUGAGGUCAUACUGUCAACGUAGAUAUCGGUUAUGUUAGGAUUAAAAAAACCAGAUGUCUCGUAGCAUGUCGACUCUACCUCGUAAAUAUUGUUUUCGCCAUAAUU